AUGGGGAUACAAAUUGACAAAUUCUUUAAAACAUGCGGAACCUGUCAGAUCACAAAGAGCAGUACGCAAAGACCUAUGGGUCUCCUGUAUAGUCUGCCAACCCCAUGGAGAUCAUGGGGGUCAAUAGGAAUGGACUUUGUAGGCCCAUUUCUAGUAUCAAGGGAACAUAACUACCUAUUGAUAAAAUUGGAUAAUGACCAGACCAGGGAUUGA